UAGAAUCUGAAGGUGUUCCUGACAAGGGCCAUGGAGGGCGCCCUGGACGGACCCUACACCUGCACUCCUGGGGCCUGGAGCCCGGUGGGAGGGGUUGUGGCUGGGGAGGAGCUUACCUGCCUGCCAGCUGGCUGAAGGUGAGGGCAGCUGAGGCCCAGACACAGGGGCUAAGGACUUAGUCACAACUGGCCAGUUCCUCCCACCAGCCCAGCCGGGUGAGCUCGGUCUCCAGGUCCCCAACUCCAGGACCUGCUCAGCUCCUCCCCCUUACCACUCCCUCACCCAAGCCCUCUCCCCUCAACUGCCAGGAGCCCCCUCCUCCUCUCUGUCCAUCACAAGGUCUUUUAUAGCUGUCCCCCCACCGAGAUUGCACCCUCCCCACAGCCUAUCCUCUCCUGCACUGGCUCCCUGAGCGGCCCCCACAGGCCCUGAGCCUGCUUCACCCCACGGUGACACCUGUGCCUGCAGCACUACCCCCAUUUGGGCCACACGCCCCCAGCUGCCCCUCCUCUCUGGACCUCCGCCAUGCCUUUUUCCCUCUUGCCCCCCGGGUGCAGAGAGGCCCCUCUGCUCUUGCUGGCUCUGCGCUACUGGCUCAGCCCUCAGACACACUCACUCCUCACCCUCUCGCUGCCUUCCCUUCUCCUCCCGUCUCCUUUCCUCUGAGCUCUGCUCAGGCCCUGACUCCUCCUUGGCUUCACAGCACCUCACAGCCGAGACCACCACUCCCAUGGCCAGCCCUGGGAAACCUGGGGCUGGGGAGGUCCAGGAGGAGGGGGAGGAGGAAGGGGUUUCCAUGGAGCCACAGGCAGCGAUGCUGGAGCAGGCCCAGGAGCUGUUUCUGCUGUGUGACAAGGAGACCAAGGGCUUCAUCACUCGGCACGACCUGCAGGGCCUGCAGAGCGACCUGCCACUCACGUCCGAACAGCUCGAGGCUGUGUUCGAAAGUCUGGACCAGGCCGGCACAGGCUUCCUCACCGCUCGGGAGUUCUGCCUUGGCCUGCGGAAGUUUGUGGGGGUGGAGUCGGCUCAGGGCACACAGCCCUCCCCGCCUCCCGAGGAAACCUUUGAGUCGGGCUGGUGGGAUGUGCAAGGCAACGGGGGCUCCCUGGAGGACGAGGAGGAGGAGAGAUUCUGCACUGUGCUGGAGCAGCUGGGGGUGGCCCCGGUCCUAGGCGAGCAGUGGGCGGUACGGACGUUCUGGACCCGGCUGCAGCACGAGCGACCCGAGCUGCUGGGCUCCUUCGAGGACGUUCUGAUGCGCGCGUCGGCCUGCCUGGAGGAGGCGGCCCGAGAGCGGGACGGCCUGGAGCAGGCGCUGCGGCGGCGGGAGAGCGAGCACGAGAGAGAGGUGCGUUCUCUGUACGAGGAGAUGGAGCAGCUGCUUCGCGCGCAGAGCCAGCGCCUGCGGAGUCAGGAGCUCCCCCGGGAGGAGCGGAGAGGCCGCCUGGAGCUGGAGCUGCAGAGCCGCGAGCAGGAGCUGGAACGCGCGGGCCUGAGGCAGCGGGAGAGACAUGGUCACGGUCUCAAGGAACAUGCAGAAAGAGAAACUCAGCCUCCUGAGACAACUGCAGCUCCUCAGGUGCGGUCGGGCUCAGGCCAGGCGGGAAGGGGCUCAGCGCAUCUCAGCUCGGGAACUCCUAGCUUCCAGCCAUUCCUGACCACUGCCCAAUCCCACUUCGAGCAAGUGUCUGCCCGCCAUCCCUCAUGCUGCAGCCCCAGACAGAUACCUCUCUUCUGGUCUGAAGGAGAGCCAGAGCCCCCACCUUCCCCGCCCAGGAAUGCUGCCCCUUGAGGCCUCUCAGAGCCUUUGGACUCCCCUUCCCCAGGGAGCUGAACACUCGGCUACGAGACGAGAGGGACGCCUGUGAGGCCAAGCGGCUGGGCAGUGGCCGCAGGAAGGCUCUGGCCACGGCCCGU